CUUUUAGGGGGUUACUAUCGUUAAACCAAUAGUUUAUGGCAAUGUUGCUCGAUAUUUUGGAAAGAAAAGAGAAGAGGAUGGGCAUACCCAUCAAUGGACAGUAUAUGUAAAACCAUAUAGAAAUGAGGAUAUGUCAGCAUAUGUGAAGAAAAUUCAAUUUAAGUUACAUGAAAGCUAUGGCAAUCCUUUAAGAGUUGUUACUAAGCCUCCAUAUGAAAUUACUGAAACAGGAUGGGGUGAAUUCGAAAUAAUCAUCAAAAUAUUUUUUAUUGAUCCUAAUGAGAGACCUGUAACCCUGUAUCAUUUAUUAAAGCUGUUCCAAUCAGAUACCAAUGCAAUGCUGGGGAAAAAGACAGUGGUUUCAGAGUUCUAUGAUGAAAUGAUAUUUCAAGACCCAACAGCAAUGAUGCAACAAUUAUUAACAACAUCUCGUCAGCUAACAUUAGGAGCCUACAAGCAUGAAACAGAAUUUGCAGAACUUGAAGUGAAAACCAGAGAAAAAUUAGAAGCUGCGAAGAAAAAAACAAGUUUUGAAAUUGCAGAGCUUAAGGAGAGAUUAAAAGCAAGUCGUGAAACUAUAAAUUGUUUAAAAAAUGAAAUCAGGAAACUCGAAGAAGAUGAUCAAACAAAAGAGAUGUAAACAGUUCUGAAGAGAACUUGGUAGGAAACUAAACUGAAAAUAAGGUAGACUUUGAAGGGGAAAUGGAUUGCAAAUGCUUCUUAGAGAGCUGCAUAUAUAGUUGUUGACCAUCGGUUCCUCAGCAAUGGGGUCAAAGUGUUUGUACUUUUCAAGCAAUAUUUAAUGUGAAACAUAUGUAUAUAAUAGAUAUGAAUUCUGUAUAGGCAUUUUAACCCAUUUUAGGGUAAAUUCUAUGCUGUUAAGCACAAUUAAAAACUUUUUUUAUUACA